AUGGCAGAAGGUUUGUUGAGUUGCUGCCAAAUAAAUAUGAGUGAAGAAGAGUUAGGCACUGAGUUCUUCAAUGAUCUGGUAGCAAGGUCAUUUUUCCAACAAUCAAGACACUGUGCUUCGUGCUUCACUAUGCAUGAUCUUCUUAAUGAUUUAGCAAAAUCUGUCUCAGGAGAAUUUUGUUCACAAAUAAGUGACAGUUUGGAGAUAAAUAUAACCAAGAGAACACGCCACCUUUCAUGGUCUCGCAAAAUUAACAUUGAUGAUAAAUUCUUUGAGCAUGUUAGUAAGUGUAACAUAUUACGUUUUAUGGCAUUCAGAUGGGAAUUUGGCAGAGGAGGCUUGAUCAACACUGAUAAACAACGUGUUCUAUUCUCUACAUUGAAAUAUUUACAUGUGUUAUCCUUCAAUGAUUGUCUUCUCACUAAGUUAGUUGAUGAUAUAGGCAAUUUAAAGCUUUUGCGUUAUUUAGACAUUUCGUACACUAAGAUUAAAACAUUGCCUGAUUCCAUUUGUAGGCUGCAUAAUUUGCAAACACUGUUACUAUUAUGGUGCUAUCAUUUGGCCGAGCUUCCCUUAGAUUGGAACAAACUUGUCAACUUGCGCCAUCUUGAUAUGCGUAUGAGUGGAAUAAAAAAGAUGCCAAACCACAUAGGAAGGUUGAAACAUCUUCGGACACUGACUAGUUUUUCUAUCGGGAAACAUGAUGUUAAUGAAUUGGGAAAUCUCAGCAAUCUUCAAGGAACACUUUCAAUUUUUCGGUUAGAAAAUGUCACAGAUCCUGCGGAUGCUGUGGAAGCUAAUCUGAAAGGUAAAAAGCAUUUAGACGGUUUAGUAUUGAAUUGGGGUGACAAAUUUGGAAGGUGCAAUGAAAACGAGGACUCAAUAUUAGAAAGACAGGUGUUGGAGGCUCUUCAACCAAAUGGGAACUUGAAAAAGCUUUCUAUUUUACGUUAUGAUGGAACUAGCUUUCCAAGAUGGUUUGGUGCAUCUCAUUUGCCCAAUUUAGUGUCCAUUGCACUGACUGAAAGCAAAUUCUGCUUUGUCUUGCCAUCAUUUGGGCAGCUUCCCUUUCUAAAGGAGCUUUCCAUAUCAUGCUUUUAUGGAAUAGAGGCCAUUGGUCCUGAGUUCUGUGGUAAUGAUUCCUCCAAUAUUCCUUUCAGAUCUCUUGAAAUAUUGAAAUUUGAGGAAAUGAGUGCAUGGAAAGAAUGGUGCAGUUUUGAAGGUCACAGUGAAGAAGGCCAAGGUUUGUCAUGUCUCAAAGAGCUUUCUGUGAGACGUUGCCCAUGGUUGAGAAGGGACCUGCCUCAACACCUUCCUUCUCUACAGAAAUUGGAAAUUUGUGAUUGCCAACACUUAGAGGAUUCAAUUCCCAAGGCUGCAAGUAUUCAUGAGAUAAAGUUGUGUUUGUGUGAAAAACUUUUCCUGAAAGAUUUGCCAUCCAGCUUGAAAAAGGCCACAAUGUAUGGAACUUGCAUCAUUGAGUCCACCCUCCACCAAAUUCUUGUCAACAAUCCCUUCCUUGAAGAGAUGAAAAUCCACAACUUUCAUGGUCCAAAUAAAAAAUGGUCCUCUUUGGAUUUGCGCAUACAUGAUUCUCUUGUCACUCUCUCUAUAACAAGCUAA